AAGUCUUUUCGCAAUAAAUAAUUAAUUACAAUCUUUCCCUAGAUUUGUCAAAAUUUAAUGGCAAACGCUUGAAAUUAGAGCUAUAAAUACCCACAAUUUCAACGUAAUUUCAUUUCAAUUCAUUUUUUCUUCAACUUUUGCUGUAAAAAUGGCGUCGCGUUACGAGGUUGAAGUCACCAUCGCCUCCGCCAAGGACCUGAAGAACGUCAACUGGCGCAGCAACGGCAAACUCAAGCCCUACGCCGUCGUCUGGAUCGACCAGAACAGGAAGUGCUCCACACGCGCCGACGAGGGUGGUGACGGCGACGGCGGCGUUUCACCAUCCUGGGACGAAAAGCUGCUCCUCCCCUUCAAUUCCCCGAUCGACGAUUCCACCCUCUACAUCGACAUCGUCCAUUCCGCCGCCGCCGCUGACGACUGCACCAAGCCGAUCGUCGGCUCCGCCAAGCUCAGCCUCCGCGACGUCGUCGACGACGUCGGCAUGGGGAGCACCGCCGAUCGGAAGCUGGACCUCAAGCGCCCCUCCGGCCGGCCUCAAGGCAAGCUCGUCGUCAGACUCAGCGUCCGCGAGCCGCGCUACCGUGCGCCGGAACCCUACUACGCUGCGCCUUACGGCGUGCCGCCGGGAUCCUACGCGCCAAAGAAGAAGAGUAAGUUUGGUGGAAUGGGGGCGGGAUUGGCUGUGGGUGCGGUUGCAGGGGCGUUAGGUGGACUCGCGCUGGCGGAGGGUUUUGAUGCGAUGAAGAACAAGGUUGCUGAUGACGUGGCGGAUGAUUUGGGUUAUGAUGGGGAUGAUUAUUAG